CAAAACUGAAGUUUGAAAACUAUUUUUGAACUGAAUUUAAUCUAUUUUUGGAAGGGGGGUUAUUUUUAAAAAUAUAAAAUAAAAUCAGAAGCUGAAAAUAUUCCCCCUUUUCAUUUUUAUCACUAGCCAAACGAACCUUAAUCAGCUGAAGACAGAGCUCGAUUUUCCAUUCCCGACGCGAUUGCAAUGGCAACAGGAGCGAGAUCUUUCCUCCAAUCCGUGAGGCGUUACAUCAAGAAGCCAUGGGAGAUCACUGGACCAUGUGCCUCGCCGGAGUUCCAGGAGGCUCUUCCCAAGGCCACCGAUUACCGGGUUCACUGCCCCGCCACCGUACCCACUCAGGCAAUUGUUCCUACUGCCAACCCGGAAACGGUUUUCGAUAUCAAGUACUUCUCUCGCGACCAGCGCCGUAAUCGCCCGCCGAUUAAGCGGACCAUUUUGAAGAAAGCCGACGUUGAGAAAAUGAUGAAAGAGACCAGCUUCGAUGUGAAUGAUUUCCCCAGACCUUAUUUGACUACCACAAUCAUUGAGGACGAUAACGCCAUCGGCGGUGGAUACCAGAAAUAGAGGCAAGCUAAGGCAUGUGAGCUGUCUUGGGAGUUGGGAGAAAGCAUGGUUCCCGAUAAUUGAGGAAGAAAAUGGUUCAAUAUUUCAAUUGUCAUCUUGUAUAACCGGCAGAAAUAUCUGAUGUAUUGUGCCUAAAAUUCAUUUUAUCUUGUUUUAGUUGUUUUGCUCAUAAAUAAAAAAAUGAUAUAUUAACUGAAAAGUUUCAGCAACGUUUGAUUGGAAAGUUAGCUCAAUUUUUGCUUUGAUUAUCCCAGUGUAUUAUAAACAGUUGAGACCAUGGAUGCUUUAUCUUUUCUGUUGUUGUUUGUAGGAUGCUUCACCUUUCCCUAUUAUUAAUGAUUUGAUGCAAUGCAAACAUUGAUGUGAAUGGAACAAUGGUUUCUUUCAAAACUCUGAACCUAUUUUUGAUUCAAAUGAAACUAAGAUAGCUAAAAUGUUAACCAUUGUUACUUUUUGUUAUGUUCAUGAUGAGAAAUAAAACCCAUGUAGCUCCUUAUCUGUUGAGUUCUUUAUCUGAAGUUAUGUUGGAAACCGAGGAUAUUUUGUUGUAUUCAUCUAUGAGAAUCAUCCCUAGGAAUGUUUACUGCUGCCCCUAGUAGAUACAAGUUGGUGAAUGAAUCAAGGUUGUCCUCACCGUCUUCAUAUAUAGCCCAAAUCAGUCUUGUUCCUUAGAGCAAUUCAUUGGACUUUUCUUGAUCUAAUCAGCAGGAAGAGCCCAAGUGAGAGUUGGAAUGAUACCUGAAAUUUCGAAAUACAAAAGGGUUGAUUUCAUGUCUGACUGCAAAUCUAGGUUAUAGCUAAAUGGCACCCGGCCUUCCGCCAAUUUGCAGGUUCAAAUCCAUUGGUUCCUCUUCUGUAUGGAAUAAAAACAAAAACUUUCACGAGAUUGUGUAAACAGUUAACACUAAACAGCAGGAGGAAGCUACAUCAC